UGAUGGGUCCUAAGUCUUCCAAAGAUAAACCAUAAGAACCUUAAAAAUAGCCACCUAAACCAGCUUAAAUAAAAUCAUAAAAUGUUAAAAAGAAGCCAAGUUAAGUUGAUGAAGAUGUAAUCCACAUAUUUUUUAAUGUUAGAUAUGGAUGUAUGAUUUGAUUUUGUAAUAUUUGGCUUCACCCAUAUGGAGAAACCCAAUAUCUGAUUUUUUGGAUGAAAACUGCAUAAUUUUUGAUGAUGAAGAAGAGAACAAGAUCGUAUAUUAAGAAAUACAUAAGGUGAGAAUUAUAUUUAAAUCUAGAAAUUUAAAAGUAUGAUAGAAGCUAUGAUUGAAUAAUUAAUGGUUGACAUAGGUGUUGAAGAUGAAGAACAAUUAAGGAAGGUUAUUGAAAUUGGAUUGAAAAAUAAAAAACAUAAAAAGUACUUUGAGCAAUUGCUGAUUGUUGAAAAUUUCUUAGUCUUUAAGAAGUUGAUGUUGAAAAGAAACAAGGAAUUAGAAUAUGAAGCCUUAAAAGAAUUAUAAAAAAUAGAUGUAAAGAUAUAUCUUACAGAAGGGCGGAAAAAAUCCUGAAAUGGAAAUGAAAGUUAAAUAGGCUGAACUUGAAAAAGAAAGAAUGGAAAUUGAACAUGCUGUUGCAAUGUCUAUUGCUGUUGAAAAUGAAAAAGCUAAAAUUUAAAUUUAAGAAGAAGAAGAAUUUAUUGAAGCAAUUAGAUAAAGUUAAAUAUCAUAUUAAAGAUAGUGUAUCUAUAUUCUAAUAUCAUAUUUAGAAGAGGAAAUUUUAUUAAGUCAAGUUUAAUAGUAACCAGCAGUUGUUAAUCACUAAGCACCUAUUUAAAAUCAAUAAAUUUAGCCUUAACCUGAUUAAAAACCAGAAUCAGUUUUGAUUUUUGAAGAUGAUGUUCCAAAAGAAAAAGAAUAGGCACCAUAACAAUAGCAAUAAGUAAAAUAAAAAGAGAAGACUGAACCUUCAUAAAUUAAAUAAAAAGAGCCUCUUCCAUAGAUAGUAUAAUAAAAAGUUGAGGUUAUGUCUUUAGCUUAAGAAAGAGAAGCCUUGUUAGCUUAAGGAAAUCAAUUAAAAGAAAAUUUAAAAGAAAUUGUAAAAUAUAUUAUUCUUAAAAUUAGGAAGAAACAUUUAAACAAAAUAUUAAAAAUUAAUAAGAUUAAGAAACUUUAGAAUAAAGAAAAUAAAGAUUAUAAUAAUAAAGAGAAUUAAUUAAGUAAAAAAAGAUUAAAGAGAGAUAAGAUGAAUUAAAGAAAUACUAAGAGGUAUGUAAACUAAUAUAUAAAUUAGGGAGAACAAUAAGAAUAAAAACCUGAAUAAUAGGAAAAAGGUCCUUUAGUUGUGGAUAUGGUAAAUAAAUUGAUAAUAAAUAUAUUUAGACUGAAUUUAUAGCAGACCAAAAGAGAUCAUAAGAAUUAGAGUUGAAGAAAUAAGAAUUAAAAAAGAGAGCAGAAUUAUUAAAGAAAAUAAAAUAGGAUGCAUUACAAGAGUAAGGAUGA